AUGGGAAGUUGCCCAAUUGUCAAAAAAAUUGCGAUCGGCGUAGAGGGUGUCCAAUUGCCAAAUUAUCAAUCAAAAACAACAGGAGCACAAAAGCAGACCACAUUUGCUCCUUCCCCAGCAGAGAUGCCAAACGAUUGUCAACAAAACUCACUUAAUUCUUUCCACUUGGCUGCUUCUGUCAAGUUGCAAUGUAAAAAGGCGGUGCCAGUAGCGCCACGCGCCCCGGGCGCUCCCCCACAGCUGGCGAUAGGGCAAAAGAGUAGAAAAGAAAACAGGGUCGAGAAUUGGGAAAUUUUAGCUUCCAACAAUCAACGUCUUGCGAAAUCAAGAAAAUUCCAAUCGAGCUUGGAAUAUACAUGCACAUUAAUUCCAACAACAAUUGACUGGUUAAUUCCAAAUGCAACUCAUGUCCCACAAAAUUUGAUCAACAUAGAGACGCAAAGUAAUUGGAAUUCAAAACUAGCUGUACUGGAAACUGGAACUCUGUCACAGGAAGUGGUAAUUGGAUUGCUAAUCUCGUUCAUUAAUGAUAAAAGGGUGAUGCAGCCUGGGAGUCAAGUGCAAGACAAUCCUGACAUUUCUAAUUCUUUGCUAUUGAAUGCUACACCUCUUGCAGAGAGCGAACAUGUGUUUUGCAAUGGAACUAUGGGCCAUGAGCCUGAUUCUAGACCUGUCGAAUAUCACGACAAUGCUCUGGAUUCCACUGGAAAUGGGAUUGUGAAGGAAAAUGAGAAUGGGAAAUUUUGUGAUUUGAAGGCCAUGGAAGUUGAUGCAGAUCGAUUACCAAAUGUAGCACCUGUACAAUCUCCGCGCUCUUCAUUGAAAAUGAAGCCAUUUGAGGACUCGGUUUUCUAUAUGGACAAAAGUGUUAUGGAAUGUGAGGUGCCAGAGUUAAUAGUUUGUUACAAAGAGAAUACAUACCAUGUCAAGGACAUCUGCGUUGACGAGGGAGUACCUUUGCAGGACAAGUUCUUGUUUGACACAGAUACACAUGAGAAGAAUGUUUGUGAAUUCUUGCCUUCUGCACGUGACAUGAGCAACGAGAUGAUUAAAGAAAAGUCUGCCCUUGAUAUGCUGACUCAGGAUGUGCAGAAAUCUUCAUCAGAAAAGCAAAAUGUCAAUCUUCAUUUGCCUGUACCAGGUAUGCUGAAAUCUUCUGAAGAAAUGGGUUCAAAAUAUGAAUCAUCCCUUGAUUGUGAUCCCAAGCAUUUAGUACAAACAGAGGAAGUAAUGGAUUAUGUAACAAAGAAGGUUGCAAAUGAUGCAUCCAACAAAAUUUUAUCACUGAGAGAUCUGCUUUCAAUGCCAGAAUUAGGUGCAAACUUUACCCCAACCAGGGCCUCUAAUCACAGCAUGGAUAAAGUUGAACAGCAAUCUCUUCAGUGCCCAAGGGAAAAUGCAAUAUUGGACAAAGAUUCGGCCAGUGAAGAGUGUGAAAAUGGCAGUGAGGAAACAAUCUCAGUGAGCUCUACUUUGGUUUCUGCUGCUCAAGAAUCAGACACUGGCUGUAAGGCAGCAACCUUGGCAAUCUCUGCCCAGGAUACUGCAUAUCAAGUAGCAGACCAUAGCCACAAGGAAGCAGCCAUCGUGAGUUCCACUCUGACUUGCCCAGCAGAAGAAUCAAACAGCAGCAGCAAGGAAUCAAAAUUGGCAGGCCAUGCUUUCGAUUCUAUUUCUGAAGAAUCAACCAGCAGGAUCCUGGAAGAUUUACCUUACGAUAGUAAGAAAGUGGCACAAAGCAUCACUUUUGACGAUGACUCUUCUGAUCCCACUGCAUGUGGGAGAGAGUCUCCUCAGCAUAGUGACUCUCAGCAUCUUGGGACUCGAAUUUUACCCAGGCUUGAAGAUCCUAAUACCGAGUUAUACUCAGGUCAACUUUAUGCUGAUGGAGAGUCAAGUUUCUCUGCAGCAGUCCCUUUAUCAGGUCUGAUAAGUUACUCGGGGCACAUUGCAAAUUCUGGGAGUGUCUCGCUUAGAUCAGACAGCAGCACAGCCAGCACCCGCUCCUUUGCCUUCCCCGUGUAA